UCUCGUCCGCCUCGAUCUCACGAUGCUUUGUGUAUGAUCUGUUCCCGCGAAAGGCGACCGAUCGUCGACUGGGGAAGGGAUUUCGGUCAAAAUGAAAAACAGGAAACGUCAGAAGGAUAACAGUGGUGUUCAGGAGUCGCAGAAUGAGUCGGCAGAGGCUGAUCGGGAGCUUUUCUUACAGGCAUUUGAAAAACCUACACAAAUAUACAGAUAUCUACGCACAAGAAAUAUAGCUUCACCAAUAUUCCUGCAUCGCACACUGACUUACAUGAAACAAAGAAGAACAGCCAGAACUAAGAAAAGAAAACAUUUCAAAAUUGACACGAUGCUUAGCUCACUAGAAGACAAAACCAGAAGGACUUCAGAAACAGAUAAUUACAAGUCACAAUUUAUGAACCUGAACUUUAGUGCUUUCAAUAUUGAUGAAGAUUAUGAUAGAGACGCCGUGGAUGUAGAAGUGACACUUCUGAAAAUCUGCCACAAAAAACGAAAGGACGCCUCGUCACCGGUGAUGAAGACUAGUCUAGGAAAGGUCCAGGUGUCUGUUAAUCCGACCAAUGUAAACGGCAUUCCCAGCCGACCGGUGGCCACAGUCUCCGUGCCAAAGGACCAUUUUGUCCAACACAACGGCCACUCGGUCAAGUCCUUCGCCUUACUGCUCAGUGUGACCUGUCCUGUCACUCCUGAACACACAAAUGGCAUGUGCAAUGGCGACUCCAGUGAUCACGAAGAACCGGUGAAUAAGAAGAGAAAGAACGGUCAGUCUUACAACACCUCCAUCGUCUAUGGGUCAGAACUUGUGAUAUACGACAGAAAGAAGAGGUGCCAGCUAAGUGACGGGGACUACGAAAUCGUUAUCAAAGAUCUUCAAGCGAAAGUCCUUCCGAAGAAACAAGCGUCCUGGGAAACCAUAAUGGAUGGCAAGGCUGUCGGUGCCUUUGAGGUAUUUAAUACCUAUCCCACGCUGCGUUUCACCAUCAGCUGGACAGACACUGCUCAGGAUCUCCACGAUAACUCAGGCAUGCUGGACGCUCACCAGGAAUUCCUCAGCAACAAUCAAUAUUCCAACCAUAUAAUGUCCAAUUGUAACUCAGGGAUGAAAACCUCUCCAAAAGAUGCCUAUCAAACAACGCCAAAGAAGCGCACACGUAUGUUUUAUCAAUUUUUAUAUAACAACAAUUCUAGGCAGCAAACCGAAGCCAAGGACGACCUUCACUGUCCGUGGUGUUCGCUCAACUGUAUGCAGCUGUACAACCUCUUCAAACAUCUACGCCUCUGUCACGCACGGUUUAACUUUAUAUAUGUGCCUCAUCCAAAAGGUGCUAUGGUGGAUGUGUCGAUUAACGAGCGCUACGAUGGAGCGUACGCUGGCAGUCCUCAGGAUCUACAUAGUCACAUAGGUUACGCCUUUAGUCGGAACGGACCUGUACGACGUACGCCAGUCACACACGUCAUUGUUUACAGACCAAAUCGACCAGAGGAAAGUUUGACGGAAUUCAUGGACCACGAAAAUGACAUUCAUCAAACGAAUAGGCAGCUUGUUCAGGGACACAAUAGAUUAUACUAUCAAACUGGGACACGCCUACCUAUCACACCACAGGAGAUCAAUGUAGAAACUGAGGAGGAAAGUGAUCCGUUGUGGCUCCGACAAAAAACAGUCCAGAUGAUAGAUGAGUUCACAGAUGUCAAUGAAGGUGAAAAAGAACUGAUGAAACUUUGGAAUCUGCAUAUAAUGAAACACGACUACAUCGCUGACUGUCAGAUACCCCAGGCCUGUGACACAUUCAUUGAGGAACAUGGACAGGAUAUCGUGACCAGGUUUUUGUGCAGAAACCUCCUCCUACAUGUGAUAAACCUGUUUGACUUCAGUCUAAUCCGACCCGAAAAUGUGCAGCGGACUGUGGCAGCAUUAGAGAUUAUCCGAGAUGAAAUGGCGUGUGAAUAAGACAUUUCGCAAUCACGUAACAUCUUAUCUUCAAAACAGAUUUAUUAUGUGAAACUUUUAAAAAAAACACAUUGGAUAGUAGUAUAGAUGAGAGAUAAUAUCACUGUAUCUCUAAAGGUUUAUAUGUGGUAAGAUUUUAUUUCCAGGUUAAUGUAUUCCAACUUCUGGAAGUUUGUCUUGUUAGUUUGAUAUACAGAUCGAUUUCUUUCCAUGUAACAUAUUUCGACCUCUUAGUAAGUUGCCAUCAGUUACUUACGACAACUCUGACAGGUAUGAAUUCUUCUUUGUUCAACGAACAAGUCAUGUGAUGUUGUUCCUUGUCCAUGCUACUGUCCAUUUCGCCCCCAUUCUGGCAGAGGACUGAUACAAAAUGCCUGUCAUCUGGUGUUUUGCAGGCACAUCGUACAUGGCUAUUUGAUAUUUGUACUGUAUCUGUUGUAUCAGUUUGGAUAUUUGUGCAUAUUUGUAACAAAUAUCCAUCGAGGUCUUCGCGACAAAAGAAUUGGGUAUCAAUGUGAAACUGCUCCAAUCUGGGUGCAAAGCAUGGAUUCACGGAGGUGUAACAUGUCCGUAGAGUUGUCCGUUAGGUUCAGAUCUGCGGUAGAAGUAAAAAAAA